ACACCUUGUGUGUUUGUUUCUUCUGAUGUUUUAUUCGCUUUGAAUCUUUGAUUGAGUAAGAACUGUUGGAUUAGAAGUCUGGAAGAGAAGAGAGAGUGUAUGUGUUUUGUUGACCGAGCACAGUAGCCGGCCACUGCCGUCUCGCAAUACGUUAAUCAUUUUGUAAGAAAUAUUUAGUUAUUUGAAUGCGCGUUGAACGAUUAACCCAACAAUACGCCCACAAACCCACAACCCACAAAAGCAUGCUUCUUCUGUUUCUGCACUUUCUUGGUAAUUAACCCUCUUUCUUUCUCAAUCGAUUUCUCAAUCGUUGCUCAACCUAUUCUGUAUUUAUUCAUCUCUUUUUUUUUUUUUUUUUCAAAAUUUCCGUACUUGUUACAGUACUAGUCUAAUUGUUAUUUUCUCACUUUCUUAUUUUUCAUCCAAGAAUUGGAGAUUCUUUUUCAAAUUCGUAUUUUGAAUUGAAUUUGGAGAUUUGGGUAUUGGGUAAAUUUGAAUGUGUCAAAAGUAGCAAUUUUUUGGGUUUUCUGAGGGUUGUAUAUUAGGUGAAUAUUGAAUGUUUGUGAGAUGAAGUGGGUAAAGGGUGAAUUAUGAGUUCUUUGGAAGGUGAAUUAUGGAUAGUUGAUUCUUUGGUUUAGAUUCUUUGUGAUGGAGUUAGGUAAAGAAGGAGGUUUUGUGAAGGUUUGGAUUGGUUUUGGGUGGUGAAUUUUGCUUGUGAAGGAGGGUUUUGUGUUUGUUUCUAGUUCAACAUGGGUUUAAUAUGUACCAAGGCUUCGGCCGUCGAAGAUAGCCGGGAAAGCCCACCAAAAAGGGUGGCUUCGAUUUCGAGUAGGCAGCACUCUGAGCUGAAGGUUUCGCGGUUCAAUUCUUCGAAAAGAGAGGAGCCAGUUUGGACUAAAGAUAGAUUGGGUGGUGGUGGUGAUGUCAAAAUUAUGUUGGUGGAUAAGAAAGUCAAUGGUUCAAUCCGAUCAUAUGAUGUGACUAAGAGUAAGAAGAUGGACAAGGCUGAGGUUGCUCUUCUUGAUCAUCCGGGUUCGAGAAGAAUUCCCAACGCUACAGUGGCCGAGCAAUUAGCGGCAGGAUGGCCAGGUUGGCUCGCUGCAGCUGCCCCUGAAGCUAUCAAUGGAUGGAUACCACGACGCGCUGACACGUUCGAGAAGUUAAACAAAAUUGGCCAAGGAACUUAUAGUAGUGUUUACAAGGCUCGCGAUGUCAUGAACGAUAAAUUUGUUGCUCUGAAAAAAGUCAGAUUUGAUAAUCUCGAUUCUGAGAGUGUCAAGUUUAUGGCAAGAGAAAUUCUUUUCUUGCGCAGGCUUGAUCACCCUAAUAUAAUAAAGUUGCAAGGAUUGAUCACAGCACGGUCAUCUAGCAGCUUGUACCUUAUUUUUGAGUAUAUGGAACAUGAUCUUACAGGGCUUGCAUCACACCCAGGCAUUAAGUUCUCCGAACCUCAGGUCAAAUGUUACAUGCAGCAGCUUUUAAGUGGUCUUGAGCACUGUCAUAACCAUGGUGUUUUGCAUCGUGACAUAAAGGGGUCAAAUCUUCUUGUUGACAACAAUGGCAUCUUGAAAAUUGCUGACUUUGGCUUGGCAAGCAAUUAUGAUCCUCGUCACAGUGUUCCAUUGACAAGCCGUGUUGUGACUCUUUGGUAUCGGCCUCCAGAGCUUUUACUUGGUGCCACUAAAUAUGGUGUUGCUGUGGAUUUAUGGAGCACAGGUUGCAUACUAGGAGAAUUGUAUUCUGGAAAGCCCAUCCUUCCAGGAAAAACAGAGGUUGAACAAUUGCAUAAAAUUUUCAAGCUCUGUGGCUCACCAUCUGAGGAUUAUUGGCGUAAAUUGCGCUUACGAAAUUCAACAAUGAUCAAGCCUCCUCAACCUUAUAGAAGAUGCGUGGCAGAGACUUUUAAUGACCUUCCUGCUGCAGCUCUGCAGCUUAUGGACAUUUUACUUUCUGUCAAUCCUGCUGAUCGAGGAACUGCUGCAAUUGCCCUCAAGAAUGAGUUCUUCACCGCAAAGCCUUUUCCUUGUGAUCCUUCAAGUUUGCCCAAGUACCCCCCCAGCAAAGAGAUUGAUGCCAAAUUGCGAGAAGCAGAAGCUAGAAAGCAAGGAGCCAGUGGAGGAAGGGGUCAGAAGGAAGACCUUGGCAGGAGAACACAACCUCCAGCAGUUGCAGGAACAAAUGCUAACUCCGAGUCCAUUGCGUCAGUGCAGAGAAGACAAGGCCAUUCCAACCCAAGGGUCCGAAGUGAAAUGUUCAACCCGCAUAGGGAACAAACUCUUUCUGGGUUUCUGGUUGAUCCAACCAAACAUUUGCCAAGCGAUAAAGAUGCUAGAAAGGAUUUCACGGAGCACCAGAAUAAGAGGACUUCAAUUUCAGGACCACUAAUCCAUGGACCUGGAUGGGCUAAGUCUGGGAAGGAACUUAAUGAUUCCUUUUUGAGUUCAAAUAGAGCCAACUUGUCGAAAUUAUCUGGUUUAGUAAUGGCUAGGACUGCAUUGUCCGACGACCAACAAGAAAAACCUGGUCCCUCAGGACAAGAAACAAUAAAGCCAGUAGGCGGAUUUCCAGGGUCAUUUGAUCAGGAGGAAUCUGCAAAGAAGCAGGAGCUGAUGCAUUACACACAGAGAGUUGCCAGUUCUUGUCAGAUGGAAGAUGAGAAUGGCUCUAUUAAAGAACCAAAUAUGCAUGGUCGGGGGCCCAAGGGGAACAAAAUUUACGUGUCUGGUCCAUUACUUGUUUCUUCAAACAAUGUGGAUCAGAUGCUUAAAGACCAUGACCAUCGGAUCCAAGAAUACGCCCGGCGUGCUCGACUUGAGAAGAGCAGACAUGGGACGCAAGUGACCGAAAGACAUCGAGCUGGAUAAGCUGUGAAAUUAAACAUUUGUGUUCCUGGUCGUAUUGGAGCUGGACCCCUGGAACCCCUUGACUUCGUCAUAACACACACACUGAUACAGAUACACAAUACAAAGAGAGAGAUGAAGCUACGCCCUUCCCUGUACAGUGAGUACUUUCCCUGUACAGUGAGUACUUUCUUCAGUCCCAUAUUCGUUAGUAAAUGAAACAUCAGAUGGCUAAUUUUGAAGAAGAGGAUUUUUCAUUAGAACAUACUUUAUGUAUCUUAACCCAUAAUUUAAGUCCGAGACCCUCUCGUAGCCAUUUGAGGAUGAAUGCACCAAAUUUAUUCGUCGUACAUACAGUUGAAAAAUAAUUCUUGCCAUGUAAGUUAGUGUCUCCAUUUUCUUCGCUUGGUUGCAAUUUAUGUGAGUUUUUGCUGUUCUUCACAAUA